UUCUGAAACAACGUUGGCGUUGGACACUUGGAGAUCCAUGAUCUGCCCAAAAAGUUAUAAAUAAGGAAACAGGUUGUCACUGCCGAAUACAUAUAGAUUUGUGUGUCACUGGUGAAAAAAAUGUGCCAACGUUAUAAGCCAAAGAAAAGCAGACUGUGUUAGAUUUUGUGGCAACCUUCGUCUGGGUUGCCUGGAAAACAGCAAGCAUCUUUUAUCGCUGGAUGAACGUCUCUGCCUCGAGAUGUCGGAGUCGGGAUCCAGUCGUAAAAAAUCCAAGACCAUGACCACGUCAGUGUCGCAGAGUGAGAACUUAGGCGGUUCCACGCUUAGCCUGGCCACGAGCACCUCCUCGGACACCUUGUCUCUGCCGUGGAUCAGAGUCAAUGAGCCAGGCUUGGAGCGGGACCCCAGCACCACCUCCACCAUCAUGCUGGACACCAACGUCAAGCCAGGCCAGUAUGUACUGCAGAGCCUGUUUGCCGAGUUCACCAUUCAGGCUGAGAGGAAGAUAGAGAAGAUCAUGUCAGAACCACUUGACAGCCCCUUGGCCAAAUCCCUACAGCGUGGAGAGGACCCACAGUUUGAUCAGCUCCUGAGUUCCCUAAGUGCAGUCUCGGAGCAUUGUCUUCCGUCUCUUCUCAAAACCCUCUUUGAUUGGUACGAGCUUCAGAAUGAGGAUGAAGGAUCCAGAAGACAAAAGGGUGGAUCAGGGAAAUCUAAGGGGGAAAAGGACUACGUGUCAGAAAGAAGAGAUCUGGCGGUGGACUUCCUCUACUGUCUAGUGUUGAUUGAGGUAUUGAAGCAGUUACCUCUACAUCCUGUCCCGGAGAAGCAACUCAAUCACAUUGAGACCCUGGCCUUCAAGCACUUCAAACACAGAGACAGCCUUCAGUCAGGCCCCAACACAGAGAACUUCCACAUCAUCGCUGACCUGUACGCAGAGGUCCUGGGUGUGCUGGCCCAGACCAGGUUCAUGUCAGUCCGUAAGCGCUUCCUGAUUGAGCUGAAAGAGCUUCGCUCAGAACCGCAGAAUGUCCAGACGGCACAGGCAAUCAUCAGCCUCAUCAUGGGGAUGAAGUUCUACCGUGUCAAGAUGUUCCCUGUGGAGGACUUUGAGGCCUCCUUCCAGUUGCUCCACGAGUGUGCCAACUACUACCUGGAGGUUAAAGAUAAAGACAUCAAGCACGCCCUGGCAGGCCUGCUGGUGGAAAUACUGGUACCCGUCGCAUCGUGCGUCAUGAACGAGGUCAACAUUCCCGUCCUCAAGAACUUUGUGGACAAACUGUACCAGACCACGUUGGACCAGUGCAACAAGAAGAAGCAUGCCCUGGCUGCCUUUCCUCUCCUGACCUGCUUGCUGUGCGUCAGCCAGAAACAGUUUUUCCUCUCCAACUGGUGCAAUAUGCUCAACCUCUGUCUCUCGCCGCUCAACAAGCACCGGGACCCUAAGAUGUCUCGCGUGGCCCUGGAGUCUCUCUACCGUCUCCUCUGGGUCUACGUUAUCCGCAUCAAGUGCGAGAGCAACACCACCACCCAGAUCCGCCUCCAGAGCAUCGUCAACUGUCUCUUCCCCAAGGGCUCACGCAACGUGGUCCCCCGCGACACCCCGCUCAACAUCUUCGUCAAGAUCCUCCAGUUUAUCGCCCAGGAGAAGCUGGAGUUUGCCAUGCGGGAUGUGAUCUUUGACCUGCUGGGGGUCAACAGUAAACAGCGGGUCCUGUGCCCAGAGCGAAUGAAUAUUGGUCUGCGGGCCUUUCUAGUCAUUGCCGACGACCUCCAACAGAAGGACGGUGUGCCGCCAAUGCCGACCACAACCCGCAUCAUGCCUUCCGGGAACACCCUGCGAGUCCGCAAGACGUUUCUGAACAAACAGCUGACGGAGGACGCAGCCAAGAGCAUUGGCGUUCUCCCGUACUAUCCCAGCAUCCGCAAAGCAGUGGAUGCCAUCAUAAGGACACUGGACGCAGCGGUCGGACGAGCUCUACUGAUGACCAACGCCCAGUGUUUGAACAAAGAACUAGAUGAUCUUAUGACGAGUGAGCGACGUCCCAAGAUUGAGCUGUUCCGUACCUGCGUUGCAGCCAUCCCUCGUAUCAUCCCAGAUGGCAUGAGUAGGAAGGACAUACUAGAGCUCCUGACAAGACUGACGGUACACAGGGACGAUGAACUCAGAGGCCUGGCUUUCACCUCGCUCCAGAACAUGGUCCUAGAUCUCCCAGAGUGGCGCGAUGACUUACUGAACUGCUUCAUCCACUUCAUCCUGCGGGACAUCACCGACACUUUCCCUCUGAUCUUGGAGAGCGCCCUCAAGAUGCUGUUGCAGCUGCUGUCGCAGUGGCGCACAGCAGUCCAGAGCAAAGAAGACAAGGGGCAAGCCAAGUCACCCUACGAGCGUAACCCCCAUGCUAGCAUCCUGAACACAGCUGAGGGCUUUGCCCUGGUCUUCCUGUGCAGCUGUCGACCCCUGGUCCGUCGUCUGAGCUUCUUCCUCCUCAAGGAAGUCCGUGCACUCUUCGGAACUCUGGGAUACUCAAGGAUUGAUGACGAUGCAGUCAUUGAUGUGAUCGACAAGGCCUGUCCCAGUGUGGUGGAAGGCUUUCUUAAUAGGCUCCCUCCCGCGGAAAAGGCCACCAUCACAGCCAUGUCCAACAUUGACCUGCACUGGGUGGUGGAGCGGUCCAUCAACCAGUGGUCGGGCAGCACCUACGAGUCCACGCCCAGCGACUCCAUGAGCAAAUCGCUGUCCAGCCGCGGCAUGGGCGGCUUCAACCCCUGGAUCACCUGCCUGGCCCGGUUCUUUGAUAGCAGCUGCCUGCCUCACUUCUGCCCAGCAGCCGUCAGCCAGGCCUGGCCUGUGGUUCACACCAGGCUGACGCAGCUCUACACCCACAUAGACCCCAAUGCUCCGUCUGAGGGGCGUACCUCCAUCCGCUCCAAGAAAACCUUGAACCCCAUGGAGGAGAACAUCUCCCUCUGGCGCAACUACCUGGUCUUUGCCUGCAGCUGUGCCCCACCCAGCACAGGGUACCAGACCCCAAGACGUUGCAUGUCACCCGACCCCACCAGUGGAUCUUCAGGUGAAAUGUCACACGUGGACAGGUCGGAGAUCAAAGGGUACAUUCUCUCAACGGCUGUCUCAGCUGGUACCCUGUUCAAGAUGCUGGUUCCCCUGAUCAAGUGUGAUAACACGGACACGAGGGAGGCUGUAGUGAAUGGUCUGGGAUGGACCUCUCCCGUAGCCUUAAAGGAUCUGCUGGACGAACUUCAAAUCUUCAUCAAAGAUGCGGUGGAACGAAAAACAGAAAACAUGCGAAGGAAAAGAAGACGAGAUUUCUUGAGAGUCCAUCUCAUCCGUGUCUUUGAGCUUCUGGCCGAACAUGGUGUUUUCAAAGAAAGUUUCAGUGGCAGUUUAAACAAGGACGGUCAGACUCUACACAAUGCCUCUGUCCUGGCGGAUUACAUCGAGAACAUGCGACUGGUCUUGGAGAGCGAAGGCGACAAGGAUUCUCCCACGCUACAUGAGAUCAGACUGCACUACAGCGGUCUGGUGGCCAGGCUUAUCAAGAGCUUAGCGGCUGAGAACCGUUUCAACGUUUUGGCGAGGGACGUACGCUACAGCAUCUUCUUUCUCUGUGGCUCAAUGUGUCGUAAACUGGGCGUGACGUACGGCGCCGUGGACAGGAGUCCUACAUACAAGGACGAACCAAUCACAGACCUGGAAAUGGAGGCCUUGCAGGCUAUGUGCGGUCUGCUCGUCUGUGGGGAAGUCUUUGACGCCAACGCUUUAUCCCAAGAGGGAUAUCUCUACACCUGGCUGGAUAAUCUCCUCAACUGUAACGACGAACGGGUGGUGCAACUGGGCAAGGAGACGGUGCUUCUGCUGCUGCAGAACAAUCCCCAGCAGCCUAUGGUGCUAAGGUGGGCCAUUUACAGGUGCUACACAGGACCGCCAGCAGUGGCUAAUGGUUACUUCCAAGGCAUGGCGUCUGUGCUCAAUAACGACAGAGAAGGCAACAGCAAUCACAGCAGUGACUACCCAUGUGAGGUCAUCCCUACCCUGUGCGUGGUGCUGCUCAAGACGGCAGACCCUUACAGCAGGGUGCGGUCCACCGCCUUGCAGCUCCUGCAGGUGCUGGACCGGCGGUUCUUUGGCUUGGGCGGGGUCAAGAGCAAGCUGAAGCCAACCUACGGCAAGUCUCACAGGGCGUUGUCCCACGAGCUGGCACGGCUGCAUCCCGAGCUCACCCUGGCCGUCUUCUCUGAAAUCACGGAGCGUUUUGAGUCGGCACCGCUCACUCACCGCCAGGCCAUGCUGGAGAUCCUGCUACCCUGGCUCUACAAUGUGGAGUUGGUCGGAGAGACCAGCCGAGACGGGACGGUUCCAGGCAAGCAUGAGAGAGACACAGAUCCUGAAGACCAAGACCACGGCAGUCCGCUCAAGACCUGCGGCUGGGGGUCCAAGCAAGCCUCCGACAUCGUCUUGAAUAAUCUCUUCUUUAUCACCUCGGAGUACGGUGAUGACCACUCACAAGAACUGGAGCAACUCUGGGCAGCCCUAUGCACCUGCUGGUCUGGUAACCUGCGUCACAUCCUGACCUACUUGAUGACUCUGGCCGGUAUCAUGACCAAUCCGGAUCUCCUACCAUAUGUCAAGCGUGUGAUGACCUUCAUUGCCCAAGCCAAACCCCAGAAGCUGAUGGACGAUCUCAUGAAGGAAAUGUUCUCCACUGAGCUGGUCAACUCCAGCGUGGAGCGGAUCGAGGAGGCCCCGUACUUCCAGCUCUUUAACCAGAACAAAUUCUCCUCCGCCUCCCCCGAAAUGGGGAGUACAAGCUCCCUCCCCGACAAGGUACAGAAAGUGGAGGUGGCCCGUACCACGUUGGACAAAGGGGUGUUUCAUCGGAGGAGCAGCAGCGGUGGGACGUUGGAGAGAGUGUCAACUCCCCAGAGUGGCAAGUCGCUGGCCUCUCAGGCAUCCUCACAAGACAUCUGGAAAGAGAGGGAUAAAUCGGACAGCUCCAUGCAUCACAGUAACAGCAGUCUAGCUACACUGACCAGCACCUCAACACAUAGCAGUGAUCAAUCAACGACAGGAAUCGUAGACAAAACCAGGCUGUCUCCAGCUAUCAAGGAAGAGGAGGAAGGAGAAGACGAGGCCGCGGGGGGCCAAGCCAAGUCAGGCGAGAGCCUCCAGGACCAGUUUGCCAACUGGAGGAAGCAGUUCCACGGUCUGGGCAGCGUGCUACCCCUGCCUGUGCCGGUUGAGGUCUACUGCGCCCCGCUGUCUGACUACAUCGAUGACAUAGAGGCCCCGCCGUCUGGAUCGCUCUUCAGAUGCAAUCUUGCCACAGUGCUCAUGACAGAUCUGGUCUCAGAGAACUUGGACAUUGAUUGGUCCAUUCAUCUGCCCCAGAUAUUACACGUUCUGUUUCUUGGUCUGGACCACUCCUGGCCUGUAGUCCAUGAACACUGCAAGCGCCUCUUGUUGAAUCUCCUUAUAGCGCUCUCCCCUCACAAUGACUAUGUCUAUGUGGCUCAGAUGCUGCUGUCUCAUCAGGUCAUCAGUGAUCUCCAUGCUCUGACGGAGGCCCACAUACCGGUCAAAGAGUAUAACUUCACAGGCGGCAUCAUUUGCAACACGAGCACCCACCCUGCCGACACCAUCCCCACGGACCUCCAGGAGCUGAUCGGCCUGGGGUCUACCACCACCAUCAGCGCGGGGUCUACCAUCUCUGUGUCCAGUGCUGGUAGCGCGGCCACAGUCAUCCCCUGCGGAAUGGGCGGAGCCAUCCAGAUCAACGUGGAUCAUCUGAGGGGGGAGGAAGAGACGGCGAAGGCACUCAUGGAGUUCCUAGUGACUCGGAAAUGUCGCCCUCUGUGGAGCUGCGAGGAGAUCACGCCCAAGGUCUUCUCCAUCAAGAGUGCAGAGCAGAUCGAGACGUUCCUGAGACACGUCGUGCGUGUCUUCCAAGGCAGCGUGCGGGGGGCCCACUUGGAGCAACGCUGGGCCCAGUUUGCCCUGUCCAUGGCCCUGUCGUGCCCCUCCAGGCACUACGCCGGUCGCUCCUUCCAGAUUUUCCGAUCUCUCAACAUCCCCCUGACAUCUCGAAUGCUGUCCGAGAUUCUCUCGCGACUCGUUGAGACGGUAGCAGAGCAGGGAGAGGAGACACAGGGCUACGUCACCGAGAUCCUUCUGACCCUGGAGGCCUCUAUCGACACCCUGUCAGCCGACCUGGUCUUCACGGAUCACCGGGAGCGUGGCAAGACAGGCUCCUCCCGCAAGAAUGACUUCCGCAAGUCCACCAGCAACCUGUAUAACAUCGCCAGUGGGGCAUGCGGGUUUGACAACGUCAAACGGCACUCUAUCUCCUCGGCAAAGAUGAUGGAGAACGCUGCCAACGCUGCCAAUAACGGCUCCACAGAGAUGAGAGGUUACACGGAGCACAGGUCUCGCAGCAACACGGCCAGCGAGAUAGACAAGCCCCGCUUCCACCGCUCCCGCUCCACCCAGUCCCUCAAGAUGGGCGAGACCAGCGUUGAGGACCGCCUCAACCUCCUCAGCCAGCUCUUCUGGAUCUUUGUCUCGCUGCUGGAGUCGGACUACGAGUACGAGUUCUUGAUGGCACUGCGGUCGCUCGAUAAGCUGAUGAAGCACCUGCCUCUGGACCGUCCCGAAGUCAAGAACAAGCUAGAGCAUGUGUUGUCACAGCUCCUGUGGGAGGGCUUCCCUGGUCUACAGGCCCUGCUGCUCAAGGGCUUCACGUCCAUUGUGACUAGCGACCUGACUCUCCUGCUAGUCUCCAGACUAAUUGGCUACACCCACCUACGUGUGGUGGACCCCACCCAGGCCGGGGGUUUCCCCAUGAACAUCGUAGCACUCCUGCCCUACCUGAUCCAACACUUUGACCGGCCUGACACCCUGGCCAAUGAGAUUGCCUACAACAUCGGCAGAGUGUGCCAGGAACGUUACCCCCGCAUGGCGCCCCUCUCCACAGUGCUAACCAUGUACAGAGACAGAACUUACAACAGAGACAGCAAGGCCUGGACCAGCGUUGUCUGCCGAUACAUCCACAACGCGUACUCUCCCAGUAGCAUCGCCAUGAUGACCUUCCUUAUUGAGGUUUUGGAGAAAGGUCCCAUGUGCAACCAGGCUCCUGUCCUUCUGAUUGUCUACAAUCUGAUCCACAAUAUCGACUUGAUGGCGGCUCCCAUGCAACAAGUCAACGACAACCUGCUGAGAGUCAUCGCUAAAUAUGUCCAGGGAGUACACUGGCAAGAAUCACUGAACAUCCUCAAGGUUGCUGUGUCCAAGUCAUCUUCCCUGGUCAAGCCGCCCUCCAUCCCUGAGGACGGCAUGGGCAAGAGGUCAUCCUCACUUGACCUCGAUGGGAGGAAGGAACUGCCAGGACGCACCAUGGAGUUUACCUUUGACCUCUCUAAGGUGGUCGACCCUGAUGUGUCUAACUACUUUUAUGAUCCCCCAGCCAAGACGCCGGUGAUUCGUCGAAAGUUCCCGUCAAUGCUUACCAUUACAACAUCCUUCAGCGACGAGUCGGCGACCAGCACUCAGAGCAGCGAUGACAGUAGUAUGAGCACCGAGCCAACAGAGGUGUCCCAGCUGACAGGUGGUGCGUCAAACAACGGCUCCGCGUCAGCCAAUCAGAGUGUGGUGCCGUCGGCGUGGCGUAAGCCCCAGCUGUCCAUGCGUCGGACCAGGGAGAGGCUGGUCAACGUGCUCAACGGUCUUGGCCAGAAGGUCGGGCUACCCAGAAGCCCAUCGGUGAUAUUCAGCUCCACCAGCGACAUCACCCAGGAGCGGCAGAACAGCCUGUGCUCGUCCUCAGAGUCCACAUCCCUGGUGGACGCCAUGAACCCCGACAGCAAGCAGGAGGAAGGGGGAGACAUCCCGCUGCUGAAGGUCUUUGACUUCCUGGAAGGGGAGGAAGGGGAGCAAGGGGAUGAGAAGGGUUUCAAGUUCAACUGGUACGACAGCCGCCUGUCCCUGGAGGAGAUGGACGCCACCAAUAAUCCUAAUCCAGACAUUGAGGACAUCAAGGACGAAUCCUCAGAUGAUGAGACUUCAGAUCUGCCUGGCACUGAAGAGAAUUCUGCCAGUCUUGAUGCAGCCUCCAGCGUUCGAAAUCUGUACUCAGGUGACAUGGGACCAGCGAUGGAUCCCAUGGACAAUCGAAGCAGCCCAACGCCAUCGAUCACAAGCAGUACCAGUGAUCUGGACAGCAUUGCCACCUCGCCGGUCGCCAUGACGACCACCCACUCCUCCUCCUUCCUCUACAUCCCCGUGGACGAAGUGGAGGAGGCCUGGCGGGUGCACGUGGACAAUGUCAUGCGAGACCCGAGCGGUCGCUGCGCCGUCAACACGUUCCACGUCUUCACGCAGCUCUACAAGGUCAUGCAGCAGCGAUUCUGCAACCUGACCAGGGAGGCCUGCAACUAUCUGGGGGACAAGCUACGAGAUAUAGCCCUCCAAUUCCUCAGUACCCUAGAUCUGCUGACUACUCAUGCCGAGUGCCCCUACGUCUACAUUGACACCGAAACCCUGGUGGCCUGCAGACUGCUGGAGAGACACAAGUAUUGCGUGAUUGAGCUCCACGAACACUAUGACACUUACAUAUCCAAGAGAGAUCUGACAGUUGAGUGUUUGGACUCUAUCAAGGCCUCACUGAAAAUGCAAAGUCUAGGAGCACAGGACAUGUCUGGACCAACUGGAGAUGAACAGGAAAUGACUCAUAUUAACAACCAAAUUGAGUUGUGUCGUCGCCUGUACCGUCUGUACUUCCAGUUACGCAUGCUGUUUGACAGCUAUUGUAAGCUGAUACAGACCCUAAACGCCGCUCGCCAAGCGUUGCAGGUGACAGAUUACUCCCAAGACGUGUCAGCGGCCAAGGAGGAGCUAAUCCAGGCCUCGGAGGAGCUGGAGAGCGGUCAGGCCUCCCUGUCUCCCGAGGUGGACACCUCCAGGAUGACGCCAGAGACUGCCCUGAGAACACUGGCCGAGCACCUGGGCAACAGACAGCUCCGCUUGGCCCUGAGGCUGCUACACGUCUACAGGUCCAUGUGGUCUGGUGACCUGUUUGGCUCCAGUGAGGAAGAUGACUUGGAUGUCCUGCUGGCGUUAUUCUGCAAACACCUGUCUGAGGGGAAAACAGGCGUGUUGGUUGUGACCCGAACCAACACUGACCUAGAAGAAGCCUGUCAGCGGCUGAUGGACACCAACAUGCAGCUCAUGGCCUCACUGCGCAAGGCUGAGGCUAUGGAAACCAAGGAAGUUGUGGCCUCUCCAAUUUUUGAGAUCAAGAAGGUGGCCAUUGCUGAGGUGCAGGACCCGAAGCCUGCCCAGGAGGAAGAGAAGGGCUCCAACGAAGUCCCAGAGAUCAAGAAAGAUGACUCGGACGAGAAGGCAGUGCAAUCAGACCUGGGUGCCGCUGCUAGUGAGAUCAGCCAAGACCCUGCCACCUUGGAGGUUAUCCAGGAGGCCCUCAAAGAAGGACCUGGUGGGGACUCGGAGGACUCGGUGAGAUCUAGUUGGGAUGGGGAUCCGUCAGAAGUAGUCGUAAUACCUGCGGUGCUUGAUGCGGAUGACAUGUCAGUAGCAAGCGGUGGAACGCAGCUUGGAAGAAGAACGUCCGCUGGAAGUCUGAGAAUCAGCUCCACCGAUGACCCGCUGAUGCUGGAUGGCAUUGGAGCUGGGGUGACAGCUAUGACAAGAUCGAAAUCGGCAGAGCAGAUCCAGGGGCAGUCGCCCACCACCCAGCAUGUGUCAGAAGCCCUUCUAGUAGGCUGUCGCAGGAGAUAGGCGGGCGGGUCUCCAGAGAGCUUGAGGGGGAAAUACUCCAAGAACCAGCUGCUGAGGGGGAAUGUGAGGAGAAGGCUAGCCAAGACGGAAGCCAGAGCAGCCAGAGAUCAAGACCCGUCUCACAAACCUCACAGGACAGCAUCAGUACAGACCUGUGACUGAGUCCAGUUUUCCGUUAAUGGAAAAUCUGCUUAGAAACAAAGUGGUAUGUUUCCAUUCUGAAGUUACAAACUCGUACACCGUUCUUCCUUCCAUGAACCUGUUGCAUCCUUGCUUUUUGCUUCUGAUAAUACAAGUACAAUGAUCUGAUUUUCCUUAUGGCAAAGGAGCACUUAACUUCCAAUCAGCAAUCCUCACAUGCCACGCGAGUAUGCUCCAGCAACAGAUACAAAAACGGGAAGGAGAGAUGGAGUUUGUGAAAUCUAAUCUUGCCAUUACAUCUUUCAGACUUUAUUCAGGUGUUUUCCUAAGUGUCAUUUCAACUACAUGACUACUUGUAUCAUUGUAGUUAAGGCAUGGUUGUUUGUACUGUAUAUAAGGCAUGAGUGAAAAAUAAUAGGUAUUUUUACAAACAGGUUGCAUAGUUUCAUGUACAUCUACGUGAAAUUAUUUCUGGCUGAAAGCGUGAGGCACAUGAUUUUGUUGAUUUGCCUCCUGCAAUACUUUUGUGCAAACUUAAUUUUGUAACAAAAUGUCUGGAUGGGGACACUUUGUAAGCCCCGAUUUGGACCAAGAGAGGGCGCAAUUUUCCUAGCAAUGGCUGCUCCUUUGGUCAGAACUGCACUGCGCUGGUUCACAACGACUAUGACAUGUCUGCAUCACGGGUCGGUGUGGGUCGCUACCAACAGAAUGAACACUUCCAACCAAUGUGGCUCUUUUCAACCGAUGAGGUGGUGCCUCUGCUCCAGGUGAAUUUUACCACAACCCAUUACUAGGGUGCGCUUCAUAGCACCAUUCUGCGGCUUACAAAUACAGUGAGAUCACUAGGAACAAGGUUACAGAUGAGUGUCUUCCCCAUAUGAGAAGCAUGACUGUGCAUAUAUAAAGUCGGAUCAUACCACUGCGACUGGCAUGACACCACUAUCCAAACUGGUUACCUCAUCAACUGAACAACACAAAAAAGACUUUACAGUGUAUGUAGCUAAAACAGAAAAUGUUGCAUGAAGUUUAUAUGUACAUGUUAAUGUGAUACAAAUUGGUAGUCAUAAUGUGUAACUGAAGAACUUGAAGUGCAGUGUUUGCAAUGUGUUGUUUUAAGUGCAAAUUUCUAUUAGAAACAGUGUUAUGGUUUUCCUUAGUAUUUUUUGUAAGUAUUUACAUCGUUGUGCUAAAAUAUGUAAACGGUGAUUCAGAAUGUGUACCUUGUGACAAUGUAACAAACAGUCCAAGUUGUUCACAUUUUGUUUGCCAGUUUAAUACUGCAUGCACUAAAAAGACAAGAAUUUGUUGAAGAUUAAAAAGCAGUGCUCCACAGUUGACUCUAGUAGAGUCCACAGAAUCCUGCAAGUCCAUCACAAGUCAUCCAGUCUUAAGCCAGAACACAAACUGUUCAAGUAAACUGUGACAGAAAGCAUUCCUUUGUCGUGGUUCAUCACCCAAGCACUUAUGACUGGUCUUGUGCGAGGACUUGUAAAGGGCCUUUCAGAGGACUUGCGCUGAACUUGAGUGCGACAGUGAUAUACAAUAUCUUCAUGUCUUUGCCAUGCUUGGAUGGAAGAGGGUAGCGUUUACUAUGAUGGUGAGGGCAAGUACAGUUGGCCUAUUAACUUCUGUGAUUCAUCAUUAACCUAUCUACUGACUUCGUUCAGGGCUGUCAACAUGGAGUUGAGGAGAGCAAGAAGAGGCUAUUAUCCCAGGAUAACAACAGAGGAAUGGCCCACAAUAACAGAUAGUUUAUUAGUUAGGGGAAAUUUUUGGUUGGGAGUAUUCUUAAAACCCUUUGGUUAUGCUUAAGCUCAUUGUUUAGGAUUGGCUAUGAUAGAGUAAAAAUUAAAUGAAAGAUAUAUUAUAUUAUUUUUGUGCAUAAAUCUUGUUGCCAGUGAAUUUAAUCACUGGAGAAGACUGCAUGUUACAAGUUAACCGCAAGUUGUGAAAUGGUAUUAGGGAUGUAUUUCGGUCAUAAUAUUUAUAUCGUGGAUGGGUAUGUAUUGCAUUUUUCAUAAGGGCCAAACUUUAACAGUUUGAAGAAAUGACAAUGAAUACACAACAGGCAAUCAUUAUUCCAUGAUCGGAAAAUAGAUCUACGAAUAUGUGGAUAUUGAUUCUAGAUUUUUUUACUUUUAUUUUAGGCAAAAAGAAAGCUAUACAUUUUGCUCUCCGGACUGGUGUUAAUGAAUUAAGUUUCACUUAGCUUCCUUGGGCAACUACAUGUAUCUGUUCCACGUUUUCUCUUGAAUGUUCCAUAAUUUUAUAGCUAAAGCUUCGAUUAAUAUUUGUUUCUACAUUCAGCAUUUAUUUACGAACUCUGAGUAAGCGUUAGUUCGACUCAGUUUACGUCCAGCAGAUUGCAUGUAUUUUGCUCCGCAUGCACGCGCACAAUGUAACAUCAUGAUAAAUAAAAUGUGCAUACUGAAAUAGUAAUAUAUAUAAUCCGCUUAUCCUGUCUAACCAGCCCAUGAUGCAUUGUACAGUACAUGUAGACCGUGGGAAUACUUUUUGAUAGGUAAUGACCUUUAGGCUACGUGUACUCCUCUCGCCGCUGUUUUGGGGACCAGAAGAAAUUUUAUGUCAUUGCACAUGAUUGUUGGCAGUAAAUAAACAAGACGAGUAUGAGAAAGAA